AGAAAAACCAAGUCAUAACGACGAACAUUUGGCUGCGGAUGAAUUGGCAAGACCACUACCUUCAAUGGAAUGAAUCAGAAUAUCCAGGAGUGAAAAAUAUCCGGUUCCGUUCAGACCAGAUCUGGAUCCCAGACAUUCUAUUAUAUAACAGCGCAGAUGGUGACUUCGACUCAACGUUUAAGACGAAUGUGCUUGUGAAUUCGAGCGGGCACUGUACCUUCAUCCCUCCAGGCAUCUUCAUGAGCUUUUGCAGCAUCGAUGUCCGCUGGUUCCCCUUUGACAUCCAGAAGUGCAAAUUAAAGUUUGGUUCCUGGACCUAUGAUGGCUGGCUCCUCGAUCUGCAGAUGCUCGAUGCUGACCUCUCCGGGUUUAUCCCGAAUGGAGAGUGGGACCUAAUAGGUGUCCCAGGACAGAGGAAUGAGAUCUACUACGAGUACUGCAAGGCCCCAUACCCAGACAUCACCUUCCACAUCAUGAUCCGGCGGAGGACCCUGUACUACGCCCUCAACCUGCUGAUCCCCUGUAUGCUCCUCUCCUGCAUGGCUCUACUCGUCUUCCUACUUCCUGCUGAAUCUGGGGAGAAGAUCUCACUGGGUAUCACUGUGCUGCUCUGUCUGACUGUCUUCAUGCUCCUUGUAGCUGAGAUAAUGCCAGCAACCUCUGACUCUAUUCCGCUGAUAGGACAAUACUUUGCCAGCAUCAUGGUCAUUGUAGGGUUUGUGGUGAUCGCCACAGUGUUUGUGUUACAGUACCACCACCACAAUCCCACCGAGGGAACGUUACCGAAAUGGGUUCGGACUGUCCUGUUGCAGUGGUGCGCCUGGUUCCUGCGGAUGAAGAAACCGGGAGCCGAGGCUCCACGGCCUCCCUGUAAACUAGGCCCGAGGAGGCAGAGCUCGGAGAGCGGCCGGUCAUCCCCGGUCCAGCAGGCCCCGAUCGGGAACCUGGUCUACCUCGGAUUCCGGGGCCUGGAGGGCGUCCAGUCCCCCCGCCCCGGCUACCAGAAGCCCCCCGUGGGCCUGGGGCCCGGCAGCUACCUCUCGGUCCCCGACCGUCGCCUCCUGCCCCCUCGCUGGGUUCCGCAGGGCGACCCCCAGCUAGGCCGCAUCCUGGAGGAGGUUGAGUACCUGGCCAACAGGCUGCGCAGUCAGGACGAGGAGGAAGGGGUGUGUAGCGACUGGAGGUUCGCUGCCGCUGUGCUGGACAGGAUGUGCCUGAUGGCCUUUGCUGUCUUCAACAUCAUUUGCACCAUCUCCAUCCUCAUGUCUGCCCCCAACUUUGUGGAAGCUGUUUCGAAGGAUUAUCUGUGAGGAGUUGCUUCCCCGCACUCCCUCUCUCGGCCUAGCUGUUUCCUUCCCUCGCUCAUUGUUUCCCCCUCUGCCUCUAUAUCUUUCGGCCUCUCUCUCCC